AUGCCACCGAGAGCAAUUAGGUACGAGGUGAACGAUAAAGUGUUGUGCAAGCAUGGCUUGUUCUUUUACGAGGCGAAAAUAACCGAUGUCGAAGAAGAGGCUGGUGAAAUGAUCUACACUGUACAUUACCAGGGUUGGCACAAAAGAUACGACGAACGUAUUCGCCAAUCAAAAUGUCCAGAAAUGUUUUUACCCUUGACCGAUGCGAACAUUGCCAAAGCGAAAGCCGAUAUUCAAGAGGCUAGUGCCGCGAAGUCUAAACGUAAGAAACAGAAGUUGGAGGAUGAAGACGCUCGAAAGAGCGAAAAUGGAAGUCGAGCAUCAACACCGAGUGACCGUGCAGGUAUUCGAUUACUGUAUUGUAGCUGGAUUUCAAACGAUCGAUGUUCAGAUGAACUAUUUAGAAUACCUAACCUUGUUGAGCUGGAAACAUAA